GGCCCAGUCCGGCCCGGCGGGAGGCGGCGGCCCUGGGGCCCCGGGACUGUGCUGUACCUGUUGCGCCUCGCCCUGUGGAGGGGCGGUGGCUCGGGACCAGCAACCGAGUGGCUCGGCCCGCCUGCGCGGGCUUUCCUCGUGCCGCAGGAGUCUGGCGUGUGUGGGCCCGGGAGGCGGUUGGGUGGGAUCAGCGGGAGCGCCGGCCCGGGACGACGGUGUGGGCGCCCGGUUCUAAAGGCGGUGCCCGGCGGAGGUCCUGCCCGCCGAGUCCGGUGGGGCUGCUCUGGCCUGGGGAUGAGCAGGAGGUUUUUUCACGCCCGUGCCUCGGGGGAGUGGCACUUCUGGUUUGUUUAUUUUCGCUUGUGGUUGUGGUGUUUUGCCUUUUUCUGUGAGAGAAGAUGAUGAGUCGGCCCUUCCCAAAGCUUAACUUGAUGCAAAGCUGGCAGAUGAGUUCCUCAGUGGAAAAGGUGUUGAAAACUGCCCACAGCACUAUGGAAACACUCAGACGAAAUAGUCAUCUACUGACACCCAUGAGGAAUUGUUGGGCAGAGUGACAGAAAUGAAGAGCUUCAACCAUCGCUUCAGUAUGGCAGCAGCUGAAUCUGACAAAGACUCUGGAUAUUCAGAUGGAAGUUCAGAAUGCCCAAGUGCUAUGGAGCAGACGGACUCCGAGGAUGUGCUGAAUGCGCUGUGUUGGAAUGCAGAGGAUGGACCUUGGCAAUGCCCGAGGACCACGAGCAGCUCCUUUCCUGCCCUAUCUCCUAUGGUUGUUAUGAAAAAUGUUUUGGUUAAGCAGGGGAGUUCAUCACAGCUCCAGUCUUGGACUGUACAGCCAUCCUUUGAAGUGAUUCCAGCUCAGCCACAGCUAGUGUUUCUUCGUCCAUCAAUCCCACCUCCCAUUAAUCCUCACCCUGUUGGGAAAAAGAGAAAUGACUCCACUAAUUACCUGCCCAUCCUGAAUUCUUAUCCCAAAAUAGCACCACAGCCCUGCAAAAGAGAUCACUCCUUUGAUCUGGAAGAAUGUCAGGAAACCGCUUGCCAUAAACGACUCUGCACAGAAGCACCCAAGAUGGAGACUUCUCCUGGACUGAUGAGCACAGGCUUGCCUACUAGUUCUUUUUCCCACCUACCAGUUAGCUUUAAGACCCCUCAGGAUUCUAGCCAGCAAAGUUCUUCAGCUCUGGUGACAAGUGGAAAACUGUCAGCUCUUCCUGGUUUUCAUCGUGUUUCCAGUGAUGCUCAGAAAGUGCCAGGUUUGACUCCCCUUUUGCCUUUUGGAACUCUGCAGGCAGCAAAGUGCACCCUUCAUGAGAGCGAGAGUGCGUCACAGACUGCAGUGCCUUCCGCAGUGUGGAGCCCUCCAUUGAUACCAGAAGAGAUUUGCGCUACCCCUGAGCUGCUCUUGCAGCAGCAAAGCAAGUGCAGACGCUUUCAGAACACGCUUGUUGUGCUACGCAGGUCGGGAUUGCUGGAGAUCACUUUAAAAACCAAGGAGCUCAUUCAUCAGAACCAGGUGACACAAGCUGAGUUGGACCAGCUGAAGCACCAAACACAGCUUUUCAUAGAGGCAAUAAAGAACAAUGCUCCACAGUCAUGGGCAGAGCUAGAAGCAUCUCUAACAGGAUCUGAUAAAGCUGAUAGCAACCUCGAAGACCCCACUUAUCCCAAUAUGUAGUAAAAAUGUGCACAGCUGUUGGUCAAGUUAUUUCUGUGCCUCCUUUUUCUUGUCUCAGACUUCUACUUGAGCAUUUUUUGAGUCCAAGAUUUAUAAAGUUGCAUUGCCAUUAACAAUUUGUCUUCAGAGCCAGCUGUGAUACUGGAAUAGUGUGGUGGGUUCCAGGCAGAAUGGGUACUUAAUACUGCAGUGUGACCAUGAAUUUCUUGCUAACUCUGUUUAAUUCCUUGGUUUGAAGAAGUUUGUAUGUGCUCUGCUGGCAUGUUCCCAUUCUUGAAGUGAAGACAGUAAUUUGCAGUAUUCUACAAGCAUCUUCUUAUUCCCAUCUUCAGAUAGUUGUUUCUGAGAGUGCAGCAGCAGAACAGGCCCCACUGUUGGGCCAUCAUCAGUUCCAAAUAGGUGAAGGGAGUUGGUGUGAGGUGAAAUAAGUCCUCCGAUCCCCUACCUUAUUUUUUUUAUUUAGAGAAAUUGAAUAGAGAGGAGAGUUUGAAGUUCAGAAUAUAUAUUUUUAGGAAGCAAUUGCCCUAGAAAACAAGACGAUGGGCUCAGGGUACCUUGAGAUGAAAGGGAAGCAGAAAAAAUGAAGUCCAAUGGUAGCUGUUUGAAACAAGGAAAAAUGAGUCUACCAGUGACCUUCUCCAUUCUAUUUCCACUGCUCUAAUAGUGUAUAAAGGAAUGAAAAACUUGCUUUGCAGGGCAGUACCCUCUGACUUAGGGAGACUUAGUGGUGGAAAUCUCUUGUAGUCCUUAUAGUACCACAUGGACUUUUUUCCUGACAGUGUGGAGGGUGGGCUGAAGUGGGUGUGCUUAGAGCUAAUGGGCCUUUCUGCUGGUGUAAUUUGUAUAAAUAUAUGUUCAAUAAAUCUGUGAAUAAAGUUCAGCAGCUGGUUAGAAAUCUCCUACUGGGCAUCAGUCCAGACUUAAAUAGUAUUUACUGAACUAGAAAAAUCUACUCUGGAACUCAUACUUAAAUCUGGGCCUCCUUAGGAAGCAUAUCCCCGGAUAAUGGGAAACCUUAACUCAACAUCUAUAGAAAAAUAAGGAUGUUGAAGGUCUCUGGUGAUAAAUAUGUCAUCAGGUACCAUUCUGUUCCAUUUUCUUAGCUGCCUUUAUUCCUGGGAGCCCUGAUAAAGCUUUAAAACAAUAAGGGCUUUCCUUUCUUGGCUGCAGUGUAAUAAAAUAGGUGAGCUUGGAAAUGCAUUUGGAAAAUUAGUUGGCUACAUCAGGACUGGGAUAAGUCCAGAUUCUGGACAGGAUCUGAAAGUGGUCCAGUAAAUGUGAACAAAAGUGUUAGCCUCUGAAUGGAAACUGUAAGCAGUGAACUCACCGUUUCUUUUGAUCCUCAAAGCAGCAAGAUUUGGUAUUAAGAAGUUAGCUGAAGACAGUCUUGGUCUAAUGAGUCAGAUGGCCUGCUGCAGCAUCAGCUGUUGCUGACAACUUACAAGUGGGGUAGCUUGAUGGGUCAGACAGACUGGUUUUUGUAUUAAGUUUUAUUAAAUGUUGGUAUUUUUGAUUACUUUUACUAUGUCUUUUUGAAAUUCUAAUGUUCUAGUUGGAAUGUAGGUAUUUUCUGUACUUUCAAAGCCCGUUGCUAGCUCUGAAUACAGUAGCCUAACAUCUCUGUUAUAGAACAUGACCUCUUUGCUAAAACUUUACAGAAAUUGACUGUGAAAUAUGAAUGAAAUAAAGUAUGUACUUGAAAAUUUUGUGGAUUAUUUAGUGCUGUUGAACUGCAGGGUCCCUUGUUCCUAAGCAUGCUUUAAGUACAGCUCCAGAACAGCAUGUUGCCCUUCUGAGAAAGUGCAGAUACAAAAGUGAUACUAUGGUGUAUCUCUCUGAAGAGAGUCAUGUGAGCUUUAACAGUAUCUAUGAAUUAAAGGGUCUCUGUGAGGAGUAUGCAUAGAAAUGGGCUGUACAGAACUCUAAAAAUAUAUUGUCGUGGGUGACCACUGCCAUAGAUCUGUCAUGAACAACCUGGAAGCAUUUUUUCCAUCUCUGAGCUGUUGUCUCCAUGAUAACUGUACAUUAUGCUCACCGUCUGUGCAGGGUGAACUCCUACACUGUGUCUUAAUCCUGUCAGCUGGGUAUGCAGAAGUUUGAAAUUGUGAAGUAAGAAUCUUGGCUACUGAAAGAAUUACUGGAUUAAAAAAUGUUACACUCUUCUCUUGAAGAAAAUUCUCCAACUAAAUCUAUAUACCAGCUUUUCACCAAAACACUUCUUCAAAAUGUGGCCAUCUUUGUGGUCUUUCUUUUGUUCAAACAUGACUUGCAGGGACAACUAGGCAGUCAUGCUCAAAACAUCCAGCAGUCUCGUGGCUUGAGAUUUUGUCCUAAGAUACAAGAGAUUCUGUUCAAAGCUCACUCUUGACACCAGACAAGACAAAUUGACUUUCAUUGCCUUAUAUCCAAAAAGGAGUGCCAUCAAUUGAAAUAAUUUUAUAUCCUGAGAUGUAUUUCCAAUUUUAUUUCCUCAGUGUUUGCAAAUUUUAUGUUCUCAAAAGUAUGGAUACAAUUCAAGCAGGAAAUUCUCAGGUUUCUCUCUCUUCUGACUACCUUUUCCUUUACAUGGUUAAGUUUAUCUGCAGCGUGUCAGGCAUCUUCACCUGUAUUUCACCAAGGCCAAAAAGGUGGAUUUCUUCUUUCAGGUGCAUUGCAUCUGUCUUAUUUUUCUUUCUCAUGAUAAAAAGUCUGAAAGAAACAGUAUCCCUGUAGGCUUGGGCUGAGCAAUCUCCUGGCACGCAAAAUUUCUGGCAUCCACUAGAUUGAACAUGGCAUGGUGUUCCUUCUUUCAUUUUCAUAAUUUUUAGUACAAAAAUGUAGAGUCCCUCCCUACCUAUACAAUUUUACACACUUGCUGUACCUAGGUGAUGCUUUCAGGUUGUGGUGUAAUGCAGCCAUAUAGUCCCAACUGUAUUGCAUGGUCCUAUGUGUCCAAAAUGCUCAUGCCUGCUUCUCUUCCCUUUUUAAAUCUUCUUCCUUUGAGGUAUUUCCAUGAGAAAAACUUAACAGUUCCAGAGUAAUCUGAUUCAGAAGGCAGAAGGAAACACCAUGUGUUCAGUCUGCUCUCUUGCUGAGCAGUUUCCAAGACUUCCUCAAAUUCUUGUUUGAACUAAAGCUGUUCUUAGAAGAAGUAUCCUGCAUUGAUUUGAAAGCUCCUACAAUUAAGAAUCCACCCGAACUGUUUAAAGUAUAAUUACUUAUUAAUAAACACAUGCCUCCUACA